GGCAGUCCCGACUCAGAACCGGUUCGAGGAAGUGGCUCUUCUGAGGCAUGUCGUCAGAUCAGAUACGUCAGAAGCGGUCCACAAAACGCCAGAGUCGUUCUAGUUGAAAUGAGUGCGGAUUCAGAAGUGGGACAGUGUCUACCGAGCAAGAGAUUCGAUACGAUGUCCGGCAGGAUGUGAACCCUCUCCGAUGUCGUCCAAGACGUCAUGCAAAUUCCAGACACGACAAUAGCACCGAGAAGAGCGGAUUCCGUAACUGCGAUCUUCUGCAUCAUGUGGGUCGUCAUCGUGGUCUUCUCGAUCGAAAAGUCCGAGGCGGGCGUGUCCUUCCUGGUGCACAAGUACAGCACGAGGAUAGUGAGGACGAAGUACGGCCCUUUGAGGGGCAUCAUCCUGCACAUUCAUCCAUCCGUCGAGGCCUUCCUAGGCGUGCCCUAUGCCACGCCACCUGUCGGCAGUUUGAGGUACAUGCCACCUGUGACCCCAUCCUUAUGGAGGACGACUCGGUUGGCUGACCGUUUCAGUCCUGUGUGUCCGCAAAGGCUACCUGACAUUAGUAAUAGAUCGGAAGCGCUGCUGGAAUUCCCGAAAGGACAACUUCUUCAUCUGGAGAAGAUCCUGCCUCUGUUGGCCAACCAAAGCGAAGACUGUCUCUACCUCAACCUAUAUGUGCCAAGGACUGCGACGGGUGGUGAAGAGUCCAGUCUACUUCCUUGUCUAGUUUACGUUCAUGGCGAGAGUUACGAGUGGAGUAGCGGUAACGUAUACGAUGGCACUCUGUUGGCUUCCAUGGGUAAAGUCAUUGUCGUCACUAUCAAUUUCAGGCUCGGUGUAUUGGGUUUCGUGAAAACCGGCACCAAAGGCAGCACUCAAGGAAAUUUUGGUCUGAUGGACCUCAUGGCCGGUCUCCAUUGGCUGAGGGAAAACCUCUCGGCCUUUGGGGGUGAUCCCCAAAGAAUAACACUCAUGGGACACGGUACGGGUGCUGCUUUGGUGAACUUCAUCGCUGUGUCACCUGUUGCUAGAGAACUUCUACACCGCGUCAUUCUACUGAGUGGAUCAGGUCUCAGUCCCUGGGCCUUGCAGCGGGAUCCUUUGUGGGUUAAAAGAAGCGUGGCUGAGCAUACAGGGUGCCACGGGGAUUUGCUUGAGGAUGAUUUGGCGCCCUGUCUGCGACUCAAGACUCUAGAUCAGCUGCUGAGCAUCAAGUUGGAACCACCCCGGUUUCUGCCAGGUUUCGCUCCAUUCAUCGACGGAACGAUCCUUCUCAACCCCACUGGCGCCCCGCCAUCUUCUCCAUCUCCAUCCUCCAUCGUCACCACUCCAGGCUUCGAACUGGCCCUCUUCUCGAAGCUGGACCUCCUCCUCAGCGUGACGACCUCAGAGUCCUACCUGGACCUCAGCGCCCAGGACCUGGAGUUCGGAUUCAACGACACCAAGCGAGACCGCAUCCUCAGGACGUACGUGAGGAACUCGUACUACUACCAUCUCAACGAGAUAUUCUCCACCCUUAAGAACGAAUAUACCGAUUGGGAGAGGCCGUCCCUCAAUCUUAUGAACGUGAGGGACACUACCCUGGAUCUGCUCAGCGAUGGGCACACUGUGGCUCCUUUGAUCAGGAUCGGGUACUUGCAUGCUUUGAACGGUGGUAGAACGUUUUUUCUCCACUUCCAGCACCAUAAUGGCCCCAAAGACAUUCCUAUGAGAUCCGGGAGCGUGAGAGGUGAUGACCUUCCCUUCAUUUUCGGGUUGCCCCUAAUUGGGGACAGUUCCUCCUCCAAUAAUAACUACAGUCGCGGUGAUGUUCUUGCGUCCAAGACCCUCAUUAAUUACGUCAGCAAUUUCAUUAGGACCGGCGACCCAAAUACGGAAUCCACCGAUUCACCAACAGUCGAAGCCAACAAUCAACAAAGAGAUAAUCAACAAGAGCCUAGCAUGCCUUUCUGGGACACAUAUGAUACCAUCAAUCAGUUUUAUAUGGAAUUAGGGAGUCGCACGGAACGGAAGGACCAUUAUAGAGGGCACAAAAUGUCUCUUUGGCUCAACCUCAUCCCCCAGUUGCACAGGGCUAGCGAGGGGGAUGAGGUAUCGAUGAGGCAUCAUCACUUUCAGGAAGAGGACGAACAGUAUUAUGACGGUUAUGUUCGACCGCAACUGAAAGAAAAACCACGUUUCGUCCAAGUUCUAGCGCUUCCACCAGAAUCGCCUUCCGUUUCAAUAUCAGGAACAACUCCUUUAGCAGCGUUGCCGCCCAAAUCAGAUACAGCCUUGCAGGCGAUUACUACAGAGUGUCCUCCGAGCAACGCCACCUACGUCGUGAGUUCUAACAGGAAUUCGAACAAUUUGAUUCGACGAUUGGCUAACAGCCACUUCCACAGCUACACCACUGCGUUGACAGUGACCAUUGGUGUCGGGUGCUUCCUGCUCUUGCUGAACAUCCUCAUCUUCGCGGGAAUCUAUCACCAGAAGAGCAGAGGAAAGUGCAAAGAAAAACAAAAGACUGAGAACGAAACGGCGAGCUGCAGCACUUCCUCAGGGGAAACCUUCCCCAAAACUCAUCCCCCCAACCGCUACGAACCCCAGCAAACGGCCUCCUACGAAUGCCAGCGACCGCCCUACGCAUGCGCGGACUACCCUGGCACCUGCGCAGACUACCCUGGCGCCUGCGCGUGCGAAACCUCCCCCCAAACGGAGGUUCGCAUCGUGGCCGACUACCCACUGCGCGAAUUCAAAUCCUCCCCCAAGAGGGGGGAUUGUCACUUCUCUCCCAAGAGGAGCGAUUGCCACCCUCCUGACGUGACCAAUACGACGCAGAAGCAGCCAAGCGACGUUUCGCACCCGAAUCAGAAUCCAUCUUCAGGCAUCCUGCGGCCGCACGGGCAAGCGACGCCAGGGACGACGAAAAAACGUGUUCAAAUACAAGAAAUAUCUGUAUGAAUGUUAUUGUAUAUUUAUAUUAUAUUUAUGUGGUAUGGAAAUGAUUUUUCGAUUGUAUAAUAAAAGGGAUUGUUUGA